AUGGCAUCUAAUUCUUGGUGGUCCUCGUCUUCUUCGGACGAAGAGGAGAUGUUUUUCGCAAACGUUGUGGUAAAGGCGGCGCAGAUUCUUUUGGAGGAGGAAGAGGAAGAGGAAGAUGGCUCGUCUGAAAACGUUAUUACCAGACGAAUACGGAUUAACAGAGACCGCGAAGGAGCGCACGAGAAAUUGGUGAACGAUUAUUUUUCGGAUGCACCCCUUUACAAUGCCGACAUUUUCAAACGAAGGUUCCGAAUGAGUUGCCGGUUAUUCACACGGAUUGCUGAUGAUUUGGCGGGGCUAGACCCGUUUUUCACGCAACGACCCGAUGCUCGGAACUAUGAAGGGUUCACCACGUUACAAAAGUGUACUGCGGCCAUUCGCCAACUGGCGAACGGGACAGUGGCCGACGCUUUGGACGAGUACUUACAGAUGUCGGCAAGAACUUCACGGGAAUGUUUGUAUCGGUUUUGCCAUAAUGUGGUCAAACUGUAUAGCAAACAAUAUUUGUGGAAACCAAACGCGUAUGAUGUUCAACAGUUGUACCAAGCUCAUGAAGCAAGGCACGGGUUUCCGGGAAUGCUUGGUAGCAUUGAUUGUAUGCAUUGGGCGUGGCAUAACUGCCCGAAUGCGUGGCGAGGCCAAUACACGCGAGGUGAUCACGGCCAUCCAACCUUAAUACUUGAGGCCGUGGCGUCACAAGAUUUGUGGAUCUGGCAUUCUUUCUUUGGGCUCCCUGGUUCACUCAACGACCUCAACGUGUUAUACAAAUCGACGAUCUUUAGCGAUGUCGUUAAUGGAAUCGGUCCAGACACCCGUUUUACAGUUUCAGGGGUUGAGUAUAGACGCGGGUAUUAUCUUGCUGACGGAAUAUAUCCGUCUUGGGCUACAAUUGUCAAGACUAUUUCAUUUCCCUAG